AGUAUGAUUGAUUUUCUCGAUUCGGCCCGGGGGCCAGCUGUUUGCUGCACCGACUGCAUUGCGCCUGCCUGAACUGAAUGCACUUGUAAAAAAAAAACUAUCCAAGACCUAGCCCAGAUUUAAAUCUAUCCAGUCUGCCCUCAGCCGUCGCCAUGGCCUCUGUCGAUAUGAGAGUAUACGACGAAAUCGAAGCUCUUGAAGCUAUACUGAUCGAAGACCUUGCUGUAAAGCAUGAUGAUGGGGUGCCAAUAAUUGAGACCGUGGUACAUCCAUCGACUGGGGAUCAAAUCGAUCUGCAGUAUGUAUGCGUUACGCUGGUGGUCAAGUUAACCCCAGAUUACCCUGAAAGUAGCCCCGAGGUGUUCCUAAAGAACUCGAGAGGUCUGGAUGAUUCGUUGUUAUCUGAUAUCGAUUUGAAAAUUAAGGAGAAAUUGGAUAGACAUGUCGGAAAUCCGAUUGUUUUCGAAUUGAUUGAGAUUGUCCGUGAAUAUCUUACUAAAUGGAACUUACCAAGUGGUCAGUGUGUCAUUUGUCUUCAUGGCUUUGUCAAGGGCGACGUCUUUAUAAAGACGCCUUGCUACCAUCAUUUCCACAGCAACUGCUUGGCUAAGCAUUUGAUUAACAGCAAGAAGUACUAUAUGGAGGAGUAUGAGAAGCUGCCCAACUGGCAGAGGGCUCAAUCGUUACCAUACCAGCAAACAUGCCCUGUUUGCCGCUGCGCAAUAUCAUUCGACGUGAAGACCCUGGAGGAAGCUCCUCCACCAAUUGAAUCCAUAAACGCUCCACCAUUUCGCUUGACUGCUGAGUUAAAGGCUCUGCAGGCGCGCAUGUCGGCGAUGUUGGCGCGGCAGGUGGAGCGCGGCGGAGUGGUGGGCUCCGGGGACGACGGGCCGCCGCUGCUGACCAUCUCUACUGCCGCAGACAACGAGGAGCCGAGGAGCUCUACCAGCGGUGCUCAGCGAGAGACGAAUAGUGAGCGCGUCGUGCCCAGCACCUCCACUGAUAACACGCCUGAUCAGCCCUACCGUGGGCCAUACCGCGGGUUCAACCGGCGCGCCAAGCCGGGCCGGCGCGGCCGCGGCGCUGCGCGGUGACCCGCCUACCGCGCACGCGCCCCGCCCGCCGCCUAGCGCUCCACUCCGCACCUUGACGAACCGGCUCUAUCCGCUUUUCGACGGUCACCGAUCUACCUCCCCGACACUCCCCGCCGCGCUCUCGGUCUCCGGCCUCGGGCCAACCGUUGGGCGCCCCGUGACCGAGAUCCGCACGACCGCCCGGGAAACUAUCGGGCCGCGUCCGAAUCUAUAAUCGAUUUUCGCUAUCGGGUUAUUGUUUAUCAAAAUCGGAUUCGUACUCUAGCAGAUGUUCGUGUUUCGAAUUGUGGCGGGGUUCGGAUGUUUACUUUUACUGUCUGUGUGGUAGUUCGAUGUCGGACCGGCUGCGGUCUGCGCGAGGCGAAAGCUAUAUCGGAAGGAAAAGAAUCGAUAAUAUCCGACCGAGUUUUGGACGUGUGCCUGUUUUAUAUAGACUCGAUGAAAAGCUUUAAAAAUAAACAACCGAAAUUCCUGAAUUCAAUAAAUAAUUUUCCGAUGGCGAAUCCUAGAUUUGUGGCAUCGAAAUUAAUAUAUUUAUAUGUGUCAGAAUUUUUUAUAUACACAGGGUCCUAUAUUUUGUUGACCGACCAAAGUCGGGUUUUAUAUUCGAGACUGACGAUUUACCCUAGUUCACUAAAAACACCUAAUUUAUUUACAAAACGUAUUAUCUACCAUGUGAGCUACAUUCGAUUGAGCUGCAUAUUCCUCAUAAGUAAGCAACGAAUUUAUUUGCUAAUUACGAGUACACUAGGAGCUUUUUUGCAUAUUCAUAAAAAAAUUGUAUAAAAUUUAUCAGUCGAUUUUUAUCAUCAAUAGUUUCGAAAAUUUGUCUCAUUAAGUUAAACUGCCAGGAUUUACUAUUCUGUAAAAACAAUUCGAAACUCACCGCAAGUACACAAUCGUGAAAUGUUGGAAAGAUAUAUACGACAUUGACUGUUACUGUAGUUAAUAUUUAUAACAUUUCAAAAAAAAAAUACACACAAUCAUGAAAUAGCGUAAUGUAGGUUUUCAUCAAUACCUAAUACCUAUUAAUACAAACAAAGCAAGUUCUUACAAAAUAACUCAACAUUUUACCAAGUGCUCAUUUAGUUUUACUUAUUCUUAUAUCGUCACACCGGUUCUAACUACUAUUAAUGGUUUAAAAGUUAGCCUUAUAAUCAAAAUUAAUUUAUUAAGACCAAUAUUGACCCAUUCUAGAACAAUGAGUAUACUUUUAUAUAACUUACCAAAAUAUAAAAUCAAAACGAACAACAGUACAUUGAAUAAUGUAUUACUGGUAUUGAAAACGAGGCUGAAGUACUUGCCCUAUUCCUCAAAUUAUAUAGCCUUUAUGUGUUAAUAUAUUUGCAAUUCAAGCCGACCACGAAAGUAACAAUUUUGGCAUUUAGUUGAAUGUGAAAUUUAAAAAGUCAAUUUCGAGUUACUUAACCCACACAAAAGGCCCGUAUAAUAUAAAAAUUUCGAAACCACAAAUAAAUCCCUAAAAAUAUCCAAAUAUCGUUACGUUCUUGUAAGAUGAGUUUGAAGUAAAUUAUAAAAAAAAUCCAAAAAAAAAAAACAUUAACUACAUCUUACAAGAUCGUUGCAAGAUCUGAUGAACGGUGAUCGAUAAUUGAAAACCCGGUUUAGCCACGGAAGACGGUGGGGCGGCACAAAACCCUCAAUUAAUAGUCAUUCAUUGUACUCCUAGAUAUCACACUCCUGUGACGAUUCUAGUCAAUCCCUAGAUUCACGUACUAAAUGUUAAAUGUUUCAAUGUUCGUCUCGGCGCCUUCGCUGAUUAAGCUAUCCACUAUGUUCAAUUUAGGGCACCUCGUUUAAUAUAUAUACACAGUAUGUCUAGACGCGCAAAAGGGACAUAACUUCUUAGUUCCCAAAAUUUAUGGGGGAUUCCCAUAGGUGAUAUAAGGAGAAUUUAAUCUUUCUUCCAUCGCCAAUGUCUAUUAGAGGUGGUGACCACUGGCUAUUGACCCAAGUACCAUAAAUAAUUUACCACCGUAUUCGACAAUUUUGUGUUCAUCAAACAUUUAAUAUUUCACGCGGACGAUGUUGCAACUAACAUCUUAUUUCUAAUGAUUCCUGUGUUAGUGAAAAAAUGGAGAAAAGUCAAACAAACGAUUCAAACACUAGCGUCUAUAUAUAAAGUACAUAUAUCAAACGAGGAACGUCAUUUUAAGCUUUUCUCUUUAUAUUUAUAUUUGAUUCAAAAAGUGUAAGUGUUUUUCUAUUUAUUCUAAAAUGUUAAAAAAGGAUAGCAAGUGAAGUGUAAUUUGUGAAAUAGGAAAGGAUUUUUUUUAUGUAUUUAAACAUGUUUAAUUACUCUUCUUGGGAAUGAUUCUUAAAUAAUCCCUAAAUAUAAAACGGGUAUACUACCGGCGACGUUAUAUUUAGUAAUAUUAUUUUUAGAUGUAUUUUGUUUUUAUUUACAGUAAAUGAUAUUUAAUUUAUAAAUUUGUUUAUUUCUUUUUUGAAUUAUAAUUUAAUAUUAAAUACAAUGAAAGGAGA